AUUACGAGGAAGAAUAGGCUAACUUCUAGCAAUUUCGGAACUAUUCUAUCAGCAAUAAACCGGAAUAGGUUCCCAAAAUCCUUGUUUAGAAGACUAACAGAAAGCUAUACUUUGGACGGGAUAAGGGCAAUAAAAUGGGGAAAGGAACACGAGGAAUUUCCGUAUUUGAGCAUAAUCGCCAAGUCACCGUUGUUCCCAGAGGAAUAUGGUUAGACCGGUGUGGGUUUAUAGGAGGCAGCCGUGACGAACUAUGUGUGGAUGAUGCUAUCGUUAAAGUCAAGUGUCCUUACAAGUGGAGAGAGUCCAAAUCACUGAUUAGUGAUAUGCGUGACAAAAGCUACAUUAUAUAUAUUAAUGAACACAAUGAAGUAGUACUAAAUACAAAUCAUGAUUAUUACCAUCAAAUGCAGGGGAACUUGUAUUUAACGCGAAGGAGGGUAUGUCACUUAGUGAUUUCGACGCCCUCAGAAUCAGCCAUCUAUGAUGUCCCUAUUGAAGAAGGCUCGGAAGAAAAUAUACAUUUAUUAAAAGAUUUUUAUUUAAAUAAAUACAUACCAUUUUUAUCUGGCAAUAAAACACUUUAAAAC